AUGCUGGACAUUCUUGUUCUCCAGCAACAACUGCAACAAAAUUGUGAGCAAGGACAACAGAAGCAGGAAGAAACUGAGGACCAGCAAGCAAAAGAGAGCCACUUUGUUGACCAACAUUUUCCUAAUUGUUUUGACACUGAGCAUGGAAAUGGUAGCAUCCUAAUUGAGUCUGAGAAAGACAGUAGGGACUCGGACCUGCCACCGGGCGCGGAGAAGCUGGUGGCGGGAAAGGCGUUGCCGGAGAAAGGGAAGCUGCUGCAGGCAGUGAUGGAAGCAGGGCCACUCCUGCAGACUCUUCUCCUGGCUGGUCCUCUCCCUCAGUGGCAGCACCCGCCUCCUCGUGUCGACACCAUAGAGAUUCCUCCGGUGGCCAUUUCUCGCACUCCGCCGCUGACCUUUCUUCUCCAUGACUCUUGUUUUAGUCACAGGAGAAGCCUACCACACUCUGAUCAUGACUCUCUGCUUGUUGCUGGAAGAGUUGCCUAUCACCAAGCCGAAAUUGCUUUUAAUUACAUGCACAAAGGAGAGAAGAAACCUAGACAAGUGGCAGCGCCGGAUUGGGAGCAAGGGCUAGAUCCGUACGGAGGCUUGUUCGACGAUGAGCAGAAGAAGAUUCUAGAAAUCAAGGAGCAACUUGAAGAUUCUGACCAGUCUGAAGAUACAUUGGUGGAAUUGCUUCAGAGUCUUGUUGAUAUGGAUAUAACAUUCCAAGCUCUCAAGGAAACAGAUAUUGGGAGACAUGUGAAUCGGUUGAGGAAGCAUUCGUCGAGCGAAGUCAAGCGAUUGGUGAAGCAAGUUGUCAGAUGGAGAUUCACCCCAACAGAAAGUUCCCCAAAAUGGUCAUCACCAGAUGGGAGUUCCGGGUCAGACAAGAACAAUUCAGAACCAGAGCGGAAGCCCAAAGCAGUUCCUUCUCGGAGAGAAGCUCUGCCGAAACCAACGACUCCAUCAGUCCCACAGUCCGCUCACUCAACUCCCCAAAAUAGACAGAGGGAACAAAGGGAGGGCAGCUUUGACGCGGAAAAGCUGGCUUCGGCAAGAAAACGACUUCAAGAAAAUUACAAAGAAGCUGAAAAUGCUAAAAAGCAAAUAACUAUCCAAGUGAUGGACAUCCAUGAGAUCCCAAAACCAAAGGCAAAAAAUGCUUUCUUCCCUAAGAAUAAGGGUGGAGGAGAUGGUUCUCUGGGAAGACACUGGUGAAUGGUGAUUCUGAUUAUUUCCUUCAAAAUUUGGAGCAGAAAAGAAGGCUUUUUUGGGUCUCUGUAAAAGGGUAUUUGGAAAAGGACGUUUGGUUUAUGAAUUAGAAUCAUGUGAUUAGAAU